GCUGGAAGCACAAUGUCCGAACAACAAAGCCCCGCUGGAUGUGAAAGCGAUACAGUCAUGCCACGAUCUGCUGUGAAACGAAAAUACCAACCCGAAAUGGCUGACUUUCAUUCGAACGAACCUGGCAAUGAUGGGAAAUCUACAGUAAAAUUCAACGACAUGGGUGACCAUGUAAUUGAUGUGAUUCUGUGUUACUUGCAUCUAGAAGACUUGGCGAACAUUUCCGACAUAAGCACACGUCUUAGAGGUCUCGCUAGUUUGGUGUUUUCACGGAAACAUGCGCAUCGUUUAAUAUCAAUGGAUGUGUAUCGUUAUGGGAGUAAUAAUUGCAAAGAAUUACGUGAGCAUUAUAAAAUAGUUUGCAAACACGAUGUGGUAGUGAGGAUCCCUGACGCUGAGACUUCAUUUAAAUUAUUGCGAAAUUUUGGAGCGUCCAUUAAACAUGUUCGUAUUCAUAAUAUCGAGUAUGGACAAAAUAAGACGUACAUUUUGAACGUUUUGCAGAAUCUGAACAAAUAUAUAUCUGAUUUCUGCAGCGAUUCGCUGGAAACACUUGAUGUGCAAGGGUAUCGAUUUCUGACUUUGAAUAAGCCGUUCAGAAAUCUUCGGGAGCUCUAUUUAUUCGCAAGAGGUUUUGAGAGCUCGGAAGCACUUGAUUUUAUGCCAAAUGUGCGUACAUUGAGGCUAGGUAGCAUUCCAAAGACAAUGGCAAAAAGUUAUACAAAAGUGGAACGAAUUCAUAUGCAAGUAGAAAGCGAUGAAGAAGUGCAGACAUUCAUUUCAUUCAUACGCUUGAAUCGACAAAUCAAAUAUUUAUAUUUAUUCAUAUCCUAUCACUGCAGACCUGAACACAAUGAUGCAAUAUAUUCUUCGAUCGCUGAUAACUUAACGCAAUUAACAACCUUCAAAUUAUACGAAUCCAAUCGGCCGCAACUGUUAUCCCGACAUCGAUUUCAAGGAGUCGAAUCAUUUUCGGUUGAAUGUCGCGGUGCCCUUCACAUGUUUGAAUUCAAUGGUCUAAGAAAACUUACGCUAGAAGGGGUCCACGCAGAUCCCCCGAAUUGUGUGACAAUUGCACAGCGCAAUAAAAAGUUGAAAAUAUUGAAAUUACCCAAUCUAACAGAGGCGUACGAGAGUGACAGUUUCAUUCAGAGUUUGUUGAACGAAUUACCUGAAUUGGAACAAAUUAUUAUUGACAGUGACGAAGAAAACAGAUGCUCGAUUGUGAAGAACCAUCUCGGGAGUGAAUGGGAACAGUUUGAAAAGAAAAAAAUUGCCAAAUUUAGACCAAGCAAGAACCCUGAAUCUCAACAUUUCCGAAAAAAGAAGCUCAAUUAAAAACAGUCGUAAAGAUCAUGAUUGAUCAUGUUUGCAGAGUCCGUUUUGUAGUUGUUUAUAGUUUAAGAUUGUGCGUAACUUUUGCGGCAACAAAAUUAAUUUGAAAUGGUAACAACCCUCCUCAAGACCUCAAGCGAAACAAUGACAUAGAGUAGAUUGAAAAAAAAAAAUUGUUGUAUUAUCUGUAUGGAUAAGUAUAUAAACGUAGCUAUAUUCAUUUGUAAGUCUCAAUUUAAAAUUACGAUCACAGUAGAAAAUUAAAAUCUAAUCCACAAUCCACUUUUUUAACUUAACGCGACAAAUCCGAUGCUUCUCGUUCGAGGUAAGUUAUUAAUUUAACCCAAUAAUUUAUUCAUCUCA